UGCUGUGGCAGCGCAGUUGUCUCAAGCAGACCAAAAACUUUACAGCAAGCGGUGUUGACUGACACACACGCACACACACGCUGACCUAUGCACAUACACUCUUAUGGAGUAUUAUACCAUCCUGCUGCUUUGGAGCUGCUUCCUGCUCCCAGGGAGCCGGGACUGCUUCAGUAUUGACACGAAGAAUCCACAGAUCAUCCGAGGUCCAAAGGAGGCGCAGUUUGGCUACACAGUGCAACAACAUGAGGCGCUUGGUGAGAAAUGGCUAUUGGUGGGAGCUCCAUUUGAGAAGAGUGGUGAAAACCAGACUGGUGAUGUCUACAGGUGUCCACUGGCAAGCAGAACUGAUACAAACUGUUCACGACUGAACUUAGGAGAGAUAUCUUUAAAGAAUGUUUUAGAACGCAAAGACAAAAUGAGUCUUGGGAUGUCCCUUGCCUCUAACCCAAAGGAUAACAGUUUUGUGGCUUGUGGUCCGUUGUGGUCAUAUGAAUGUGGCAGUUCGUUAUACAGCACAGGAAUCUGCUCCAGAGUUGACAGCAGUUUUAACUUCACACGCAGCAUCGCCCCAGCCUUUCAGAGAUGUGAGACCUAUAUGGACAUAGUAAUAGUGCUGGAUGGAUCAAAUUCUAUAUACCCCUGGUUUGAGGUGCAAUACUUCCUAAUCAACAUCCUUCAGAAGUUUUCCAUUGGGCCAGGACAGAUUCAGGUUGGAGUGGUGCAGUAUGGAGAGAGAGUGGUUCAUGAAUUCUACUUGGAUGACUUCCACACUGUAAAUGAAGUAGUGACAGCAGCUUACAGUAUUAUCCAACGUGGAGGAGAGGAGACACGCACAGCUCUUGGAAUCAACGUUGCACGCUCCCAGGCAUUUAAGCGCGGAGGGCGUCCAGAUGCCAGGAAAGUGAUGAUUGUGAUCACUGAUGGGGAAUCACAUGACAGCCCGGACCUACAGGAAGCCGUGGAGAAAAGCGAGCGGGACAACAUCACCCUAUAUGGAAUCGCUGUGCUUGGCUACUACAACAGGCGUGGGAUCAAUCCUGAAGCUUUCCUAAGAGAGAUCAAAUCCAUUGCCACUGACCCUGAGGAGCAUUUUUUCAAUGUGACUGACGAAUCUGCUCUGAAAGACAUUGUUGACGCCCUGGGAGAGAAGAUCUUCAGCUUAGAAGGUACCGACCAAAGUGGGACUGCCUUUGGACUACAGAUGUCUCAGGCAGGUUUCUCCUCACACAUUGUGGAGGAUGGUGUUUUGGUAGGUGCUGUAGGGGCUUAUGACUGGAAUGGCGCUGUCCUCAAAGAGACACAGAAUGGCAAAGUGAUCCCUCCCAAGUCCUCAUACCUCAGAGAGUUUCCUGAGGAACUGAAGAACCAUGGAGCUUACCUGGGUUAUAUCGUAUCAUCAGUAGUGUCAGCGUAUUAUGGGCAGCUGUAUGUGGCUGGAGCUCCUCGUUUUAACCACACAGGCAAAGUCAUCAUAUUCACCCUUACCAACUCGGGCAACCUCACUAUACUGCACUCCCUAACAGGACAACAGAUUGGCUCCUAUUACGGCAGUGAGGUAGCUCCACUAGACCAGGAUAACAACGGACUAACUGAUCUGCUGUUGGUGGCAGCUCCCAUGUACUUCAGCAAAGGAUGGGAGAGAGGCAGGGUUUACAUCUACAGACUGAACCAAGAGGGACAGUUUGUCCUGGAGGGCCUUCUCGAGGCAUCAGAUGAGGCACAAAACUCUCGUUUCGGAUCAGCUAUGUCGUCUCUGCCUGACUUAAACGGUGAUGGUUACAGAGAGCUGGUGGUGGGUGCACCUCUAGAGGAUGACCACAGGGGGGCAAUCUAUCUCUUCUACAGCCAGCAAAGUGGUAUUCACCCAAAGCAUAAGCAGAGAAUAGCAGCUGUAGACAUCUCCGCAGGCCUUCAGUAUUUCGGGCGUAGUGUCCAUGGUGUGAUGGACAUAAAUGGAGAUGAUCUGAUAGACUUAUCUGUAGGUGCACUUGGUGCUGCUGUCUUGCUUUGGUCCCGCAGCGUGGUCCGUGUGAACAUCAGCGUUGAUUUUCAGCCAUCAAAGAUAAAUGUGUUUAACAAAGAUUGUGUGAAAGGAGGAAAAGAAGUGACCUGCAUGGCAGCCAAUGUGUGUGUCGCUGUCACAGCUCAAACACCAGUGGCAAAGACACAAGGAGUGGCUCUGAAGCUUAGCUGGGGGUUUGAUGAGAGGCGCUACAUCCCCAGAGCAGUGCUGGAUGCUGCUGAGGGACAGCCUUCUUCAAACAUUUCUGUGUUACCAGAAACCCAGCACUGUGAGCAUGUCUACUUCCAUGUGCAUGAGACUGUAGACUACACUCGGCCGAUAGUCUUCACUGUGGAGGCGAGGUUGCAGGAUACUGACAAUGGCCCUGUGCUGGACGACGGCUGGCCCACUACACUGCGUUCAGAGCUGCCCUUCUGGAAUGGAUGUGAUGAAGAUGAUAAAUGUGUGCCUAACUUGGUACUUCAAAGUAACACUGAUCUGCUGGACCAUAGGCAGUUCUGUGCCUGGCGAGAGCAUGCUGCAUGGCCAUUGUGUGUCCAGCAGGGGGCAAGGACGAAUGGGGAACGUAUUGUGGAGGCCAGCAGAAGACGAAUGUUGGUGGAGGUUCGGCUGGAGAAUGAUGGAGAAAACGCUUACAACACACAGCUUCGUAUCUCUCACUCUGCGAACCUGCAGUUCUCCAGCCUGAUGGUGAAGACUCCUUCUGACCUGGCAGUCGAGUGUCAGACAGCAGACAGAUUGAUCCUACAGCGGAGCUGCAAUGUCAGUGCUCCGUUUUUGAGGUCACAAGCUCAGGUGAUCUUUCGGUUGGAGUUUGAGUUUAGCAGGUCUAUCUUUCUAGAUCACAUACAAGUUUCGCUGAAUGUCUCCAGCAAUGGAGAAGAGAUGACUCCAGAAAACAACGUCAAUGAUAUAUAUCACCCUCUGAGACAUGAGGUUGAUCUCCUUUUUACAAGAGAUUCUAACCCUCCUCGCUUUGAAAUCAAAUCUGAGCCUCCCCAGGGGUAUCCAGGAGUUAUCGGGCCAACCUUCAACUUGUCUUAUCGGAUACAGAACCUCGGCCUGUUUCCUGUGAGUCACCUGCUCUUCACUCUAGAGGUUUUCGCAGUGACCAAAAACACCAAUCAGUUGCUGUAUAUUUCAAGCAUUAAUGUUGAUCAGUCUGCUGGCUCCCAGUGCAUUGCUCCACGUGUCACUGCGGCAGGUCUGCCUUCUAAAGAAGACCUCACACCCAUCCCACAGCUGAAUUCUUCAACUGGUCUGGCUUUAUCUGCCCAGUGCAGACUCUCCCUGCUGCCCCAACAGGGCAUCAGUGUGACUGUGACAGGAAGGUUAAACCUCCACACACUACUGACAAUAAAUUUCAAGGCUCUGGAAUUGGUGAUGACAGCAGCCAUCGAGCUCAGCCCAAACAGCCCUUUGUUCCUGCAUGAGGACAGACCGAAGAGACAUAUAAUCCUGGAGAUUAGGAAGGAUGAAGAUUACAGAAUUCCCAUCUGGAUUAUAAUCGGAAGCACUUUGGGAGGCCUACAGCUUUUGGCGCUGCUAGUUCUGGCACUCUGGAAGUUGGGAUUCUUUCAUACGCAGAGACAACACAAGGAAGAACAGGUCGCCAAUGAGAAGACCAGGGAGGAUCGGUAAAGCCAUGGCGAGCGUGCGCUUACUCCCUCACAGACUUUCACUCAGGGACUCUCCAGGAACGAGGAUGUGUCUUUGCAGUACUCCAGCCAAUCAGCACCUGUCAUGCACUGCUGAGCCCUUCCACUUUCUGACAGGACUAUUCAGUCUCAACAUAUUUGGCAUGCAGUGCUGCAGUAAAGACAUGGAUCUCUGAUGAGGUGUAACUUAUGACCGAAGACUUAAGACUUGGUAGGUCUUGAAUAUACAAGACCAAAGUCUUAUUUCAUUUUAGUUUUAAAAGAGCAGUGGUGAAAACAAACACAGUGGACUUGUAAAUAAAACAAUACACUACGCUUAUAAAGUACAGCAUAUUUUUAGAUAAAAGUUCAAACAACAUAGGAAAAGGCUUUUUAGUAGUCCACAACUUCAGCUUUACGGUGAUGACAAAUCAGCACUUGAUAUUUUUCAAGAGAUUUUUUUUUGCAAAUCCAUGUUGAUGCACUUGCACAUGUAGACUUGAACUUUGUAAAUAAACAGUUAGUGCCUUUUGAAAUGGAGCAGCAAUCUAAUAUAAAACACAUACAUUGAGUAUCUUUUAUAAACAUGGAGACGUCUCUGCGCACACACCCAUGAUGCUGCUUUGCACCUUAAAUGGACUUAAGUUCCUCCAUGGGCUUCUAGACUUUAGGUCAAAGUUGCCAAAUAUUUGCCAUUUAGCCAUUCUGAGACAUUUAUACAGUUCUUCCCAGGCCAGCAGUUUAUCCACAUUUUAGUGCAACAGUAUUAACUGCCACUUUAUUUUUAAAAGUCAUAAUUUGGUCAUUUAUCGAUUUUAGGUAGGGCACAAGCAGCUAACUGUGCGAGAGGGUUCAGUACAAUGAAGACCAAUCAGUAAAACACAGCUUGCCAAGUCAGUUGCAGUUAUAUAACUCAUGACCAUGAGUAAAAGUUUGACUGAAACUGUAUUGACUGUACCUGAGUGAAAGCACCGUGUUAUUAUUAUUCAGUCUACUGAAGCUGAGGUGAAUGUGUUUAUGUUAAAGAAAAUGUAACUGAAGAGAUACUAAUUUAAUAAAUUUAAUACUUUGAACUUUUGUAAAGAUUCAAGAGCAACUUUUUGGUGUUUAUAGAAUGUUUAUAGAACUAUAGGAAAUGAUUGAGGAUGGAGACAAGCAAUGCCUUAAGAACAAAACUGAUUAAUGUAUUGGUAUAGUAAAUAAACUUGGUUAAAUUUU